AAAGACAACACCAGCCUCACAUGACGGUUCUGACAGUUCCUGAUGGGAAGAGUCUUCCACGGUCUUCAUCGUCCUGUUGUUGUGUCAGGUGCUGAAUCACAUCGUGUCGUGCACUGCUUGUGUUUUUGGGCAUGCUCGCUUGCGCUUUUGUGAGGCUCUCCAUUUAUUAAGCAAAAUCUCAAGAUACACUUCGUGUUUUUUUUUUUUUUAUAUUAACCGUGCAAAAUGAAAAGCUGCGUUUCCGUGUUCAUUGCUCUCUUCGCUCUAAACUGUUUUUUGCUGGAAGCCUCGAGUCAGUCUCUCGGAAAGAGAAUCUCCAAAUUCACGACGGUGUGGGGCUUUUCUUGGCAAAACUGCGGUGCACAAGAUGAUCCUGCAAAGAUGAAGAGUCUCAGUAUUUCUCCAGAUCCCAUCUCAAUCCCGGGACAGCUGACCGCAGCGGCGUCGGGCUCCACGUCUGUAGCGCUGACAUCUCCUCUCUCUGUGAACGUGACGUUGGAAAGAGAAAUCGCAGGUUUGUGGGUGAAAAUACCGUGUCUGGAUGAAAUAGGAAGUUGUCAUUAUCCUAACGCCUGUGACCUGCUCGAUCAACUCAUCCCACCGGGACAGGACUGUCCCGAGCCCCUGCACACAUACGGCCUGCCCUGCCACUGCCCCUUCAAAGCUGGUGAUUAUGCUUUGCCAUCAUCAGACAUCGUCAUCCCAGACGUUGAACUGCCUGGAUGGCUGACCAAUGGAAACUACAGAGUACAGGGCAUUUUAGGAAGCUCUGGGAAAGAACUGGGAUGCCUCAAACUCAGCUUCUCACUGCAUUCCUCCAGGAAGUAAAAGAAAAGUAGCAUUUGGUCAUUCUAUCAGACUUUUACUUCAGAUUCUCUUUUAGCUUUUUAGAAUGAUGAAUUUUCAGUCCUAAUGAACGCAUUUCUUUUUACUAAUGAUAAAUCGCUUUGAAUAUUUUUUGUUUUUGGUGGAAGUAAAUAUUGUUUACGUUUACUUUAUGAACCACUGGACUGCACAUUUUGUUUUUUCUUCCUUUGUUUUUUUUUUUUUAUUAUUAUUAUUUUAAUUAACAUGUUAACAAUGCUUUGUCUAGUUUUAACUGCUGCUUUUGUGAUUUAUUCUUGUUCUCUGGGGUUAACGGAGUGCAGUGUCAAGGUGGAACCAAGUUUCUCAGUUCUUUUUAAAGGGGAUAUUUCAGUGUUUUUUUUUUUUUU